AGAGAAUAUUAUGACAUUUGUGAAGAACGAGCUGAAGAUAUUCAAGAGGAUUCUUAGUCCGGAACUCCCAGAAGGCUUUGAGAGUCAGAAGCAGGAUAAGGAAGUGGUGGAUGCUGAAGAUGAGCAGCAGGAGAGCAGUGCCAGAGAGGGGGCUCUGAAGAUCACACUGCACAUCCUGAGGAAAAUGAACCAGAAGGAGCUUGCUGACACACUGGAGAAAUAUUCAGAUGAGCUUGCUGUGAUUUGCCAACGUGAACUCAAAUCUAAUCUAAAGAAGAAGUUUCAAUGUGUAUUUGAGGGGAUCGCUAAACAAGGAAACCCAACACUUCUCAAUAAGAUCUACACAGAGCUCUACAUCACAGAGGGUGGAACAGGAGAGGUCAAUAAUGAACAUGAGCUGAGACAGAUUGAGACAACAACCAGGAAACAAGCAAGACCAGAGACUGCAAUCAAAUGUAAUGACAUCUUCAAACCCUUAACUGGACAAGACAAACUUAUCAGAACUGUGCUGACAAAGGGAGUCGCUGGCAUUGGAAAAACAGUCUCUGUGCAGAAGUUCAUUCUGGACUGGGCUGAAGGAAAAGCAAAUCAGGAUGUCCAAUUUGUAUUUUCAUUCCCUUUUCGGGAGCUGAAUUUGAUGAAAGGGGACAAACACACUUUCAUUGAACUUCUUAAUCACUUCUCAAUGGAAACCAAACAAUCAAGAAUCUCAAACUACGACAAGUACAAAGUUCUGUUCAUCUUUGAUGGUCUGGAUGAGUGCCGACUGCCCCUAGACUUCCAGAAGAACAAGAUCUGUUGGGACGUCACAGAGUCAACCUCAGUGGAUGUUCUGCUGACAAAUCUCAUCAAGGGAAAUCUGCUUCCCUCUGCUCUCCUCUGGAUAACUACCCGACCUGCAGCAGCCAAUAAGAUCCCUUCAGGGUGUGUUGACCAGGUGACAGAGGUACGAGGGUUCAAUGACCCACAGAAGGAGGAGUACUUCAGGAAGAGAUUCAGUGAUGAGGACCUGGCCAGCAGAAUCAUCUCACACAUAAAGACAUCAAGGAGCCUCCACAUCAUGUGCCACAUUCCAGUCUUCUGUUGGAUUUCUGCAACAGUCUUUGAACACAUGCUGAAACAUAAGAGAGAAGAGAUGCCCAAGACUCUGACUGAGAUGUACACACACCUUGUGGAGUUUCAUACCAAACAGAAGAAUGAAAAGUAUCUUGGGAAAGAAGAGACAGAUCCACACUGGAAUAAAGAGAGCAUUCUGUCACUGGGAAAACUGGCUUUUCAACAGCUUGUGAAUGGCAAUCUGAUUUUCUAUGAAGAAGACCUGAAAGAGGCUGGCAUUGAUGUUAAUGAAGCCUCAGUGUACUCAGGAUUGUGCACACAGCUCUUUAAAGAGGAAUGUGUGCUGUACCAGGACAAGGUGUACUGCUUCGUGCAUCUGAGCAUUCAGGAGUUUCUGGCUGCUGUAUAUGUGUUUCUCUCAUUCAUCAACAACAAUGAGAAUCUAAUGAACAAACUGCAAACAAGUGACAAGUCUGAAGUUACUGUCUACAAGAGUGCUGUGGAUAAAGCCUUACAAAGUGAGACAGGAAACCUGGACCUUUUCCUCCGCUUCCUUCUGGGCCUCUCACUGGAGUCCAAUCAGAAGCACUUACGAGGUCUACUGACAAAGACAAGAAGCAGCUCACAGAGCCAUGAAGACACAGUCGAGUACAUCAAGGAGAAGAUCGGGGAGGAUCUCUCUCCAGAGAGGAGCAUCAAUCUGUUCCACUGUCUGAAUGAACUGAAUGACCAUUCUCUAGUGGAGGAGAUCCAAAGAUACCUGAGAUCAGGAAGUCUCUCAGAAGACGAACUGUCACCUGCACAGUGGUCAGCUCUGGUCUUUGUGUUGCUGACUUCAGAAAAGGAGCUGGAUGUGUUUGACCUGAAGAAAUACUCCAGAUCAGAGGAAGGUCUUCUGAGGCUGCUGCCAGUGGUCAAAGCCUCCAGAGCUGUUCUGCUGUCAGGCUGUGGAGUCACAGAGGAAGGCUGUGCUUCUCUGGUCUCAGCUCUGAGGUCAAACCCCUCACACCUGAGAGAGCUGGACCUGAGUAACAAUGACCUGAAGGAUUCAGGAGUGAAGCUGCUCUCUGCUGGACUGGGGAAUCCCCACUGUAAACUGGAGACUCUGAGGCUGUCAGGCUGUCUAGUCACAGAGGAAGGCUGUGCUUCUCUGGUCUCAGCUCUGAGGUCAAACCCCGCACACCUGAGAGAGCUGGACCUGAGUAACAAUGACCUGAAGGAUUCAGGAGUGAAGCUGCUCUCUGCUGGACUGGGGAAUCCCCACUGUAAACUGGAGACUCUGAGGUCAGUAUUCCUGUAGUUGGUCAACAAGUGA